GGUCUCCGAUCAGCAGUGGAUGUUUUUUUCUGUUCGUUUCUCCGUAUUUCCCUCAGAAUCGGUGUAUUUUCUCUGUUUUUCCAUCAGGACCUGUGUCUUUUCUCCGUGUUUCCAUCAGGAUCUGUGUAUGCUCUCUCCGUAUUUUCGCUUCGAUUCGCCGCAGAGGCUCUGAAGAGCCGCUGACACUCACCGGAAGUCUGUCACAGACACUGAAGUCCGAUGAAUCUUAAUUUGAUAGAAACUUAAAUAGAGGUCUGGGACUUGGCGUUGGAUUAUAGGUAUUUGGUGUGAGCUGCUGCAGGUGGCGCUGGCUCCUCUUCACAAUGAACAUUGGCUCUAAAAAUAAGAAGCGGGUUGUGCUGCCCAGCCGCCCUGACCCCCCCACUGUGGACCAGAUCCUGGAGGACAUCAACAAAGCCCCGCCCUCAGACCCAGUCUACAGCAUCCUCGAGCAGACGGUACAAGACUCGUCUCGGGCGCCAGACAGUGACGUGGAGUUGAACUUCCAGCAGUGUCGUCGUUACAUGGAGCUGAACGAGCGUCUUCAGGAGGCUCGAGGUCGUCUGCUGCAAAAGAGGGAGGAGCUAAGGAUGGCAGGGGAGCACCUGGACAGAGAUGUGGCAGAGGUCAAAGGUCAGAUGCUCUGACUCCUUCUCUGUCCAGGACAGCCGUGAAGGGCCGGGGUCUUCUCUAACCUCUGGUGGUGGUUGUGGAGACUGAAGUGUUUGUCGAUGAAGGCGCGAUCUGAUGACAUCACAGUGAGUGACAGACUCUGAUGAUGCGUUCAGGUACACGAUGGUCUGCUGUUUGCACUACAAAUAUUUUAAUGUGCUUUUUAAGAUGAAAACAUCUUUAUAAUCACGUGUAAGACAUUUUAAAAACACAGCACAUCACACGGAUGGAGAUGUUUCCGGGGGGGGCGCUGUUUUCAUUUGUCGUCUUCAUGGAACUUUAACUGACAAUGGACUGUCUGUGGAUUGCAGCCAAUAAAAAUCUCACCAAACAAUAAAAUGUUAUUGCACAUAGAAAUUAAACAUCACUCACAAUCCGUU